AUGAGCCACGCAGUUGAGCAGCUGUUGAUCAUCUAUGAGUGUGAGGCACAGCAAUGGGCCACAUAUCUGCGUUCCCUCUUCACCGGUUCCCUCUCAGAGGCUUCCAUCUGCUCCUACGACAUCGCCACUGUGUCCAGCCGGCAGGACGACUUCCUCCGCCUGUCCCAGUACUCCUGCAAGCUCCUCAUCCUCUCCAAGGGCAUGCUGGAGGGGCUGUGUCCGAAGCGCCGUUUCUUCCUGGCCCGUGUGUUGUGUCCUGCGACUGCUGUGGUGGUGCUCCUGUGUGGGGUGGAGAGCCUGGCCCCCCUGCUGGAGCAGGUCCCUCUGAACGGAGACGAUUGCCUGCAGGUCUCCAGUGAACAAGAUGCUCACGAGUACCUGUCCGCUGUCACUGAUAUUGUGAAAAAAGGUGCAUUAGCUUCAGCUGCAAAUGUCAAACCCCUGAUACGUGGGCUAUCAGAGCGAAAGGCUGCAGCCCGCGGUGUCAGGUCCAUGGCUGUUGUUCCCUCCAGAGUUCCCUGUGGGAGCUCCACGGAAGUGUUCAUUCUUUUGAAAAAUGAGUCGGUUGGCAGCGACGCUGAGGUUGAGUUCACCGCUGACGAUCAGAGGCUGAGAGUGAAGCCCGUAUGCUGGAAUGAACGGAUCCUCUGUGUCAAUGCGCCAGAUUUUCCAGCAGGACAUGUGAGAGUGACUGUGUAUAGCAAUGGGGUGCCACUGAGCAAGGCACAGCUGCAAUACUACAGCAACAUGGAGGAAAUAACCUGCCUUCUGGCGAGGGCAGCAGACCCUGUAGAUUUCAUGUGUCAGGCUCUUCAGCAGUCUUCUGUGCAGAAUCUGGACCAGAAGUUAACCUCCAUGUUGUUAAAGCACAUGCCCAACGGAGGGUUUCGGGGACUGCAGUGUGAAAACACACCCCAGAGAGAGCUCCACCAUUCAGAUGUCCCAUCACUCCUCCACUUUGCUGCCCAGUAUGGCUUCAGGAGCGUGUCCAGCGUGCUCCUGCAGUGUCCCGGUGCAGAGCGAGCGCUGCACACCGCCAACCGCCACGGACACACUCCCACUGAGAUAGCCAUUACACACGGCCAUACCCAGCUUCACGUCCUUUUGAAGGAAAGGCUGAAUAUGUUCAGCUCAGGCGAGGACAAUGGUGAUGCCAGUGUGUACGAAAUGAUGUGCGCUGCAGGUGAGUGAGGGGCUGAUGGGAAGUGGAAGGAGGACAAAGGGAAAGCCGGUAAUGGAAUUGGGGAGGAGGAGGAAGAUAUCUACCUACCACUGGAGGAUGAAUAUGACUCCAUCCUGAACUCAACAAAAGCUGUGGUUAUUGCCAAUCGCCCACCAGCACCCACACCUCGGCCUGAGGGCACCCAGGUGAAGGAGGACGGCACUCCUUACAUCACCAAAGUGUUCCAGAAGAAGAAGACGCAACAGGGAGAAACUGAUCUGUACUCACUUCCCACUAAACAAGCAUGUGGGCGAGAGGAUAGCAUCUCUGCCACCUAUAAUACGUUCGUGCCGAAGCAGAUGAGCAGUCUGCAGACCCUCAUCGAGCUGCAGCAGAGUGUGAAGGGGGGGGGACUCACCGUGGACGCAGCUCUGGAGCGCUUAAGCGACUUGCAGCGGGUUCAGAAGGGCGGGGAGGAGGUGCAGCAGGAGAAGUUGAAUCAGCUGAGAGCCAGUAUCGUCAGCAGUAGAGAGGCUGAUGACAGUGUCUACGAUAAAAUCAACAUCGUUCAUCACACGCCAAGUGUUACAGAGAGUGAAAGUCGAAGAGGAAGCCAAUAAGUGAAGUCUAAUGUUUACAGCAAGCCACUUAAAGGACAGCAUUCAAAUUUAUUUUCAAAAGCUGACAAACGAUGAAGGCUCCAACAUUCUACAACGACUCCAUUCUUCCACCAGAUUUAAUUCAUUUGAAUACAUAGAUUGUCAUUUUGAUUGUAUAAUUAAGAAAGAUUUAUAUUUCUAUCUUUUUAUAUAUAUAUUUUCUCCUGCUUGUUUGGCCGUUAUUGCUUCUUUUAAAACACAAUGGAAGGUAAUUGUGGUUUAGAUAAAAGUUAUUACAUAUGUGCUGAAAUAUACAUUUAUGACUCCCAGAAAAUGAUGAAUGGAUAAUGAAGUAAAUAUUUAGCAUUAGUGUCAUGUUAGCUUUUUUUAAAUAAAUGCAUGUCAUUCAAGUUCUUUAUGUCAACAUCUACUAUGAAUCACAAUCUGAAUUUAAGAUUAUAUUGUAUAAAUGUCAUCUUGGAAAUAAUUAAGCUUCCUCAGUUGUUAUACUUUAUGAGGAUGAAUCCUUCCAACAACAAAUAUAUUUGAAUUUGCAUUAAAAAAAUGAUUGGCAAGUAAAAUACUGUUUCAGACCUGUGUUGCGGGGAAAGGGAUACCAUUUUCCUAGCAAGCUUUUUUCAAAAACCCCUUCACAGCUUUGCCUCUAGAGGACGCUGUAUCUCUAAAAAAAUAUCCUCACACUCACUGUGUGAAGAAGCCAAAGACAUCUGGCUCAGAAGCACCUGCUGACCUCCUGAUGGCUGGGAGGCAAGCUUUGGCUAAAGAAAUGUAUCUGUACAUGUAUAUGAAUGUAAAGGGAACAUCAAAUACUCAUGCAGCAGGUGAGAACAUCAGGGCAGUUAUUCUCACUGUGCCGGGCUGCAAAACAGGAAACAUGUGUAAUCCUGCUUUGCAUCAGCCAAGACCUGCCAAAUUGAAACCACAAAUAACUUUUUAUGUUAUUAAAAAUAAAAACUAGUAUAACUCAGCACCCUGGGAUAAAUAGCACUGUCCAUAGAGGGGUGUUGUAACAGCAAGUGAGUGUAAAAUGAAAGGUCAAAGCCGGUUUAAUUUUCCUGGGAAACUCAUUGUGUUCAGCUGCCACAGUGCAGGCUGCUGUGUGUGACAAACAGCUUUACACUCAUUUCAUAAAUAAAGCUUGAAAAGGCCUUUUUAAAUCACA